AUGCCUCGCAGCCAGUGUGAUACGGAGAGCUCUGAAGAUCUGGAGCCCUCUUGCCGAGGUAGGAGGCCCAAAACCUCCCGGUCUGGCCGAGCCGGGCUGAUAUUCCCAGUGGGCCGUAUUGAAAGAUUCCUGCGGACGGGAGACUAUGCUGAGCGGAUUGGAUCGGGGUCUUCAGUUUACAUGGCUGCCGUGCUCCAGUACUUGACAUAUGACAUUGUGGACAUUGCUGGAAAUAUUGCUGCCAAUGAUCACAGGCGCCGGAUUGCCCCCCGGCACUUGCAUGAGACCAUCAGUUGUGAUGCUGAUCUCCAACAGCUGCUUGGAGGCAUCAUCCUCCAACAGGCGAAAGCCACAUCGAAGAAACUACCAGCGGCCACCUCCCGGAGAGGGAAGGGCAAGAAGACUGCCCACUCUGUAAAGAGAAGGCGUAAUGGUGCUGUUGCCGCUUAA